GUAUCCCAAUCAAAUGGAGUGCACCCGAGAUUCUUUACGGCCAUGUGGAACGGCUGUCAACCAAAAGUGAUGUGUGGUCUUAUGGCAUAGUCCUGUUUGAAAUCUUCACAAUCGGAGGCAUUCCAUACGAAGGAUGGUCUGAAACCGCGAUAAUGAGAAAAAUCUAUCAAGGUUACCGUUUGGCAAAGCCUGAACAUAUCGACGACAGUUUAUACGCAGUGAUGUUAAGCUGCUGGAAAUAUCAAACUGCUGCCCGGCCACAUUUUGUGAACCUCUGCAAAACAAUGGAUACCUAUCUUAAAACAAAGACAUAUGUGGAUAUCGUGGACAUGGACAAGUAUGAUCACGAUAAGUACAAGUUUAUUGAUGAUCGUGGAGCUGAUGGAAAUCAAGAAGAUACAGGACCGGAUGAGCAACGAGCAGGUGCAGCAAAUCCCAACCGUGAGGUGGGUGAACACGGUGCUACUGCACAUCCUUUUGUGGUUGAAAUAGACGAUGGCGCUACAGCUUUCCCUCUCAGAAUUAGCGUAGGAGACGAAGGAGCAGCUGCAGCAAAUCCCGACCGGGAAGUGGGUAAACACGGUGCUACGGUGCAUCCUUUUGUGGUUGCAAUAGACGGCAGUGUAACAGCUUUCCCCUUCAGAGUUAACGUAGCAGACAAAGGAGCGGCUGCAGCAGAUCCCGACCGUAAAGGGAGUGAACACGGCGCUACUGCGCAUCCGUUUGUGGCUGCAAUAGAAUAUAGUGCUAGAGCUUUCCCUCUGGGAAUCAAAGUAGGAGAAGAAGGUGGGGCAGCACAUUCUUUUCAGAGUGAUGAAAAAGAUAUUGAUGUCUCAGCGUACCUUAACGAAAGUGAUACUUUACCAUACCUCAGCGAGAACGAGGAGGAAGAUUUUGGGGACUCCGAGUGCCCUCUUGGGCUUGAGGAAAAAGCUAUUGACGAUCCUGAGUGCCCUCUUGUGAUUGAGGAAGAAGAUAUCGAUCCUUUGCCAUCUUCUUCGGUGAUGGAUGAUAACGGUCGACGUACUCUGGCAUGCCUCUUUGUGACUUACGAGGAAAAUCCUGAUUGUUCAACAUGCUCUCUCGUGAUUGAGGAGGAAGAUUCCAGCAACUCAGCAUGCUCCCCCAUGAUUGGGGAAGAAGGCUUGGAAGCCACAGUAUGCCCUCCUGUGAUUGAAAAAGAAGAUCCCGACUCUGAAGCACAUCCCCUUGCCACUGAAGUGAACAAACCUGAUGCCUCACAAUUCCCUCCCGUAAUCGAGAAAGAAGAUGUCGAUUCUUUCGAAUACCCUCCCCUGAUUGAGGAAGAAGGCCAUGUUGAUUCCGCUUCUCCUCCAGAUGUCGAAGAAGGUGGAACAGGGAAACCUGAAACCAAUGCUGAUAAUCAAGAUGCUGCAGCAGUACAGUCUGUAAAGAUGACAGGAGGUAAAGAACCUAAGACUUGCCAACUUGAGAACACAGAGGAUGAACAAGACGAUAUUGGAAAACAUAUGGAGGACAAAGGUGAUGCUGUAGACCUUUGUGAUGAAGAGGUUGGUGUGCAAGAGAGUAAUGGUUAUCAACUAACGGCCGUUGAUACAGACCAAACCGGAAAUGAAGAGGACGAGGAGUCAUCCGAAGCAACUCCUCUUGUGCAGGACUGAGACAUGAUACCAGAAUUGCUGAAUCUCCAAUGUUGUAGUCGUAUAUUACUCAGUAAUAGUUUGUGGCCUAGACUUUGAGAACCUCAGGGUUACCUUUUUGUAGCUCUUUAUUUUAAGAUGUAAUGUGCAUCUUACAAUUAUAAUGCUUUGUUAGUAAUGAUAAUCAUUUUUAUAGUUUGUAAAUGGAGGGUAAGUUAAAGUUUCCUUGAAAGAAAACUUGCUUAUUUACUUCACUUUAACACUUUUUAGUUUAGCGUUUAUUCACUUGUUGCACCCGCGGGUGCUUUUUCUGUUAUCGACUGUAGAGUGAGAGAGACAAAAGGAUAUCAAAAAAAGGCAUCGCUGUUUAGAUAAUUUUUAUGACUAACCAACUCAGACAUGCUCAAUGAAGUUGUGUGUUUUCUAAAUAUAAGUAAUAUAUCCUAAUUUUCGUAAGUGCAAUGUACAGAAGAAAAAUGCUAUUGGUUUGUUCGUCUCAAUGCAAAGUUAUUGUUAAGAACUCAAAGUGACCGUUAUGGAGGACAAAUAAAUAGAUAUUGAUAUCUCU